CGUAAACAGACGUCAGUAGUCUGCUGCUGAAGCUAAUGAGUUUGCUAACUAGCUUUUGUUCGGGGUAAGCAGAAGCAGAGGAAUGUAAACGUUCAAUGUGCGUCACUGCGAGGAAGCUAAGGAGUAAAAACCUCAGUGAUGCGAGACAGUUGUUUGAUUUAAGUCACGAAAGGACUACGCAGAUUGACCACACUUCGUCCUCCAUCAGAGCUCCUGCCAUUCCUCUCUCUUUCCACUUGUUGGACACAUUUUCUUCACUUUUCUCAACAUGGCAGCUGUGUUUCUACUCUGGCCGUGUUACUGAACUCCAUCUUGGACUAACACAAUGGAGAGAAAACGCAGAAAGAAAUUAUUUUAGCUGCUAAGAACAUUUUCAGUAUGGACUCACUUUUGGAGCUCUGGAUCUGAAUAUGAUGAUCCAUUCCCCUGACCCCGAAGCAGGAAUUACCGACUCUGUUGUCAUCUGAAGCAACAUCCUUCACAACGCAAAAUGCUCCUAGUACUCGUGCGGGUCUCCAUACUUAUGGGGCUGCUUGCAGGCUUCCUGCCUUCCGCGGGGAUGGAGCCGUUGCCAGAGAGCAGAUUCGUUUCUGAUCACAACCCAAGCUUUGAGUCACCUGACUCAAACUACUCUCAGGUCACUCUCAAAGUCGAGUUCUCGUCCAAUGUGGUGGAACAUGAGUACAUUGUGGCAUUCACUGGGUAUUUCUCGGCCAAAGCUCGCAGCCUAUACAUAAGCAGUGCCCUACGGAACGCAAAUGACGGAGCAUUGGAGUGGCACAUCGUUCCCAGGGAAAACCCAGCUUCCGACUUCCCCAGUGACUUUGAACUCGUCCACAUCCGACAAGUUUCAACUAGCAGUCUGCUGACCUUAGAGGACCACCCCUACAUCAAGAGAGUCACUCCACAACGCAAAGUGUUCCGGUCACUCAAAUACAUUCCUUCACCUGAAACCCCUGCACCAUGUAACAGCACCCACAGGAUGCAGAAAUGGCAAUCAUCCCGGCCUUUUAGAAGAACCAGUCUGUCACUCUGCUCAACCUUUUGGCACGCGACCGGGCGGCACUCGAGCCGGCGGCUGCUGCGGGCCAUCCCCCGUCAUGUUGCCCAGAUUUUGCAGGCAGACGUACUCUGGCAGAUGGGACACACUGGUUCUGGUGUGAAGGUGGCUGUGUUUGAUACAGGCCUGAGUGAGAAACACCCACAUUUCAAAAAUGUGAAGGAAAGGACAAACUGGACCAAUGAGAAGACACUGGAUGAUGGCCUGGGUCAUGGCACAUUUGUAGCUGGAGUGAUAGCCAGUAUGAGAGAGUGUCAGGGUUUUGCUCCGGAUUCAGAGCUGCACAUCUUCAGAGUGUUCACCAACAACCAGGUGUCUUACACAUCCUGGUUCCUGGAUGCCUUCAACUAUGCCAUCUUGAAAAAGAUUGAUGUUCUCAACCUCAGCAUUGGUGGCCCUGACUUCAUGGAUCACCCCUUUGUUGAUAAGGUGUGGGAGCUCACUGCUAACAAAGUGAUCAUGGUGUCUGCUAUUGGAAAUGAUGGACCUCUCUAUGGGACUCUGAACAACCCAGCUGACCAGAUGGAUGUUAUUGGAGUUGGAGGGAUCGACUUUGAGGACAACAUUGCAAGAUUUUCAUCCAGAGGCAUGACUACCUGGGAGCUGCCAGGAGGCUAUGGCAGGGUGAAGCCAGACAUUGUGACUUAUGGUUCCGGGGUUCGGGGAUCAGGGAUGAAGGAAGGAUGCCGAUCUCUGUCUGGCACCAGUGUGGCCUCUCCUGUGGUGGCUGGAGCUGUCACACUUCUGGCCAGCACUGUGUUAAAUCGGGAGUUAGUGAAUCCAGCCUCCAUGAAGCAGGCUCUGAUCGCCUCAGCCCGCAGGCUGCCAGGGGUCAACAUGUUUGAGCAGGGCCAUGGGAAACUGGACCUGAUCAGAGCUUACCAGAUCCUCAACAGCUACAGACCUCAGGCCAGUCUUUCUCCAAGCUACAUCGACCUGACGGAGUGUCCAUACAUGUGGCCUUACUGUUCUCAGCCUAUCUACUACGGAGGAAUGCCCACCAUCGUAAAUGUCACUAUCCUCAAUGGCAUGGCAGUCACUGGCAGGAUUGUGGACAAGCCUAUUUGGCAGCCCUACCUUCCUCAGAACGGAGACCACAUCGAUGUGGCCAUGUCGUACUCCCCAGUGUUGUGGCCGUGGGCUGGCUACCUGGCCGUGUCCAUCUCUGUUGCUAAGAAAGCAGCAUCAUGGGAAGGGAUCGCACAAGGUCAUGUGAUGCUGACAGUGGCCUCACCAGCAGAGAACGAUUCUGAAGUAGAAGGGGAACUGACCUCCACGGUGAAACUGCCCAUCAAGGUAAAGAUUGUCCCAACACCUCCACGCAGCAAAAGGGUUCUGUGGGACCAGUACCACAACCUGCGUUACCCACCGGGCUACUUUCCCAGAGAUAAUCUUCGCAUGAAGAACGAUCCACUUGACUGGAACGGCGACCACAUUCAUACGAACUUCAGAGACAUGUACCAGCACCUUAGAAGCAUGGGAUACUUUGUUGAAGUGUUAGGAGCGCCAAUCACCUGCUUUGACGCCAGCCAGUAUGGUACAUUGCUGAUGGUGGACAGUGAAGAGGAGUAUUUUCCGGAAGAGAUCACCAAGCUGAGAAGGGAUAUUGACAAUGGGCUUUCACUCAUCAUCUUCAGCGACUGGUACAACACUUCUGUCAUGAGGAAGGUCAAAUUCUAUGACGAAAACACCAGGCAAUGGUGGAUGCCAGACACGGGGGGCGCUAAUAUCCCUGCACUGAAUGACCUGAUCUCAGUGUGGGGGAUGGCAUUCAGUGAUGGACUGUAUGAGGGCGACUUCACGCUAGCAGAUCACGACAUGUACUACGCCUCAGGCUGCAGCAUAGCUCGUUUCCCAGAAGACGGAAUAGUGAUCGCCAAGAACCUAAAGGACCAAGGUCUAGAGGUGUUAAAACAGGAGACGGCAGUGGUGGAAAGGGUUCCCAUCCUUGGACUGUACCAAACACCAUCUGACGGGGGAGGUCGUAUUGCUCUGUACGGUGACUCUAACUGUAUAGAUGACAGUCACAGACAGAAAGAUUGUUUUUGGCUGUUAGAUUCUUUGCUUCAGUACACGUCCUACAGUAUGACGCCUCCCAGCCUAAGCCACUCUCACAGUAGGGUGGCAUCUCCUACAGCCAGCGAGCGCCCACUGCCACAGAGACUUGAGGGUAAUCAUCUUUAUCGCUACUCAAAGGUUUUGGAGGCUCACCUUGGAGACCCAAAGCCCCGUCCCUUACCAGCAUGUCCACAUCUUUCCUGGGCUAAGCCGCAGCCUGUCAAUGAGACAGCACCUAGUAACCUGUGGAAACACCAAAAGCUUCUGUCUGUGGAUCUGGAUAAGGUGGCGCUGCCUAAUGUGAGGCCUUACCGUCCCCAGGUCCGACCUUUAUCCCCUGGGGAGAGUGGGGCCUGGGACAUCCCUGGAGGAAUAAUGCCUGGUCGCUAUAACCAAGAAGUGGGCCAAACCAUUCCUGUCUUUGCCUUCUUGGGGGCAAUGGUGGUCCUGUCCUUUUUUGUGGUCCAGCUCACAAAGGCCAAGAGCAAACCCAAACGCAGGAAACCUCGCAUCAAACGCCCCACAUACCUGCAGCAGACAACAAGUUGGAAAAACCCCACAGUUUGACCAAAAGCGCAGUGCGGACAUAUGGAUGUGGACAAAGUGGGUUUGACUCCAUAAUGGAAUGCGGUGCUUAAGGUUCACAACAAAUGUCUAAUUGAGCGCAUUGAGGAGGACAUCAUUUGGCAGUUGGACCCAUGCGUCUCAAACUUUUUUUUUUUUUUUGCCAAUUGUCGAUUCGAGGCUGUCUGUGAGUGCUUGUGUGUGUUUGCAGAAUGAUGAACUGUUACACACGAUGUACAACACACACACAAACAAACACAACUGGACAAACCAGACAAAAUGCCUCUUUAAGACAUCCAUGUUUUAAACUUAGAACUUUCUUUUGACUCAAUUGAAUUAUCUACUUUUAUAUUUAUUGAAUUUGAAUUUGGUUGUACCCUAACACACUGACACACACACUUAUACAUAAUGCUAAAAAUAUAUCAAACAACUUACACAUACAGUUGCACUCAAAAUGUUUCAAUUGUGUAUAUUAUUUAUUUGCAAAGUUUCGUAACUUUCAGUAGAUUGCAAUAAAACAACAAACCAAAAAAAAAAGACAUCUAAUAUUAUAAAUGGUCACUUUAAAUAUUUGAGUGCAACUGUCCAUAUUGUAGACUAGUCCCCAUCACACGACCAAUGGAUGAUCAUGUUACAUACCUGUUCUUAAACUUUGUAAAAAUAAUGAACUCUGGAUAUACAUUUAUUCGCUUUAUCUCACUGAUAUUUUCAUCAAAAAGCAGCAGUGACUUCCAUAUAUACUUCAUCAAUAAAUGAAUAAAAAAAAAACAAUGUAA